AUGGCAUUGAAGGCAAAAAUAUAUAUUUUUGCUUUAGUUGCUAGUAUUUUGGUAGUUCUAAGCGAGACCAAGAAACCAGGCAAAGUGAUGUAUUUCACCUCUACCAAGGUCGAGUUCAAUCGAAUUUAUAUAUCCGAACAUAGUUUGGAUAUUGUUGGCAAUACCACUUUGGACAUUAUUUUGAAUUUGGCUCAAAACUAUAAGUAUGAUCCUUGGUCGAAAACUGUCAUAGCCAUGAAAAAUCGGAAAACAAACGAAUAUCGUACCCUACUCGAUUAUGAUGUUAAUAUAUGCUCGCUUUUAGGUAAGGGUAGUGCUACCUACAUAUCCAUGUGGAUACAAAACUUUCUAAAAUAUGGCAAUUUGCCUAAAACUUGUCCCAUCAUGAAGGGCAAUUAUUCCUGGCAUGAUCUGAAGGUGGAUAAAAUGAGUUUACCCGGCUUCCUGCCUCCUUCAGAAUAUCGAGGAAAUAUAGAAACCUAUUUCCGUAAAGGCAAAAAAAGGGAAUCUGUUGCUAAUAUAACUCUGUUAAUGGAAUUAAAAUAA